AAAAAACCAUCACAAUCAUUUAUUAAUUAAGUGAAAAUUCAAAAGAAAAAGCGAUGGCACACUCUCGUUUUCUAAACCUUGUUUUAGUCUUUGUUACCGUGGCCUCCAUAUUCUCCACAUUUGCUGAGGCCAAUAGGGGAUUUGGAUGGGGUUGGGGUGGAGGCUCAAACUAUUCAAGCAGUUCAGGUUCAAGCCCGGGCUCAAGGUGGGGUUGGGGCUCUAGCCGGAAUGGAUCAGGAUGGAGUGGGGGUGUGGGCACCAACUAUUCAAGUGGUUCAAGUUCAAGCCCCGGGUCGGGAUGGAGUUGGGGUUGGGGUAUGGGCUCCAACCAUUCAAGUGGUUCAGGUUCAAGCCCGUGGUCGGGAUGGGGUUGGGGCUGGGGUCCUAACAACGGACAAAACUCAGGAUCCGGUGGCUCCGGCUCUGGUUGGGGUCCUAAGAACACAAACAACUCAGGAUCUGGCAGCUCCGGUUCAGGCUGGGGCUGGGGAGGUCACUCAAAAGGCUAUAACGCAACCUACAAUGCACCUAGAAAAAUCAUAGUCGGUGGAGACAAAGAGUGGACAUAUGGUUUUAAUUACUCCGACUGGGCUUCUAAGACUGCCCCCUUCUUUCUCAAUGACAUACUUGUGUUCAAAUACAACCCACCAGCACCGUUCACGCACAGCGUCUACUUGUUUUCUAACCCAUCGAGCUACGAAAAGUGCAAUGUGAAGAAAGGAAAGAUGAUAGCAUCACCAAAGCAAGGUGCUGGGAAUGGCUUUGAGCUUGUUCUUACAAAAAUGAGGCCUUACUACAUCUCGUGCGGCGAGCACGACGGUGCUCACUGCAGCAAUGGCACCAUGAAGUUUACCAUCAUUCCUAUCCUCCCCCGUUGGUAAUUUGUUUGGUAUUAAAAGCCAGCUCUGGUGUCAAAAGUAUCAAUGAUUAGGUUUUCAUUUUGCUGUUGUGUCGUCAAUAAAACAGAUUACCAUUAUUCACAUUUUCUUGGGAUUUAUCUGUGGUUUCGCUUUUCUUUUUUAUAUAAUUUAUGAGAUCACCCUGGUUUAUGUA